AUGUCGACAGCGACGAGACCUCUCCGACAGGCCCCACAGCAACCAUCACAACCGCCACCCUACUCCCCGGUGACGCCUGCAUUACCACCAGCAGCGAUGCCAUCGGCAUCACCGGAAGAAUACAGCCCGGUGCCGAUGAGCGAGUCGCCAGCGUCGCCGGUGGAGUAUUCGCCAAAGUCACCGUUCCCGAAGUCACCUCCUAGCCCGACGCAGAGUCCAUCGCUGUUGGUCUCGGACACGCUUCCACCAUCACCACCACCAUCAUCGCCAAGACCAACAGCCCCUGCAAGACCCCCACCACCGACCAUCCGGUCGGCAGGGAGGACUCCGCCACCGAGGCCAGCUCACGCACCUGUGGCAAGCCAUCCCCCCAGGAACCACCCAAUGACUGUCCCUGGCUGGGCAGUUAGGGCGGUUCAUAUCUGGUUUAAGUGCCCUGUCUGCUGGCAAGACAGGGUACACUCCGGAAUCAUGUGCGGGUGUGUGUGUGUUGGCAGUGCCCAGCUUGCUGCAUGUGUGUGGAGAGGAUAG